AUGGGAAGAAUAUCUAAGACCAGAAAAGAAUCCAUUUCAUGGGUUCCGUCGAUGCGGCACGGGCCUGGAGCACCUUUGGCAGGUAUUGGACACAGCGAUCGGGCGGUGAAGAUGCAGGAGCGGUUCGCGAUAGGGCCUUUAUAUGCAGAUCAUGGUCAUCCUGAGGUCCGAUGGCUUUGCAGGCCGCCGCAUCCAAGGCAACGGGAUACUGUUGCCCAUAUCGUCAGAGAGGAAACCAGGAAGUGUCGCUUAAGUGUAGCAUGGAUUAUGGGCGGUCUUCACUCUGAGGCGACGACUAGAUGGGUGAGGACCGAGACAGGCGCAGUACGAGAGAUGGCGGAUGACGACGAGCACGUAACCGUUCUAGAACAAGUUGCUGCUGGCUGGCGUGGUGAGAAAAAGCCUACGGCAGUUGCCAAGAGACUCAUGUCUGAGAAUGAAAGGACUUAUGUCGGAGGUCAACCCAGCCACAUUUGGGUAUGGGGAUCUUAUGAACCAAUAUCUCAGGAGUGGCCGCGCAAAGGGCCUGUAUUACCUGUGCAUCCUUUCGUCCGAAAGCCGCAGUACGAAUACCUCGAUGAACAGCCACAGCAGGAGUUGCGGUCGUAUUUCUAUCAAGAAGCCACUAGGGCUUGA